UUGUUGUUUGACUUGUCAGAUCUGGAAUGGAAGCUCACAUAUGUUGGAUCAGCUGAAGAUGAAACCUAUGAUCAGCAACUUGAGAGUGUGCUUGUUGGACCUGUCAAUGUUGGGACCUACCGUUUCGUAUUCCAGGCUGACCCACCGGACCCUUUGAAGAUACGUGAACAAGACAUCAUUGGUGUCACCGUGCUGCUAUUGACAUGCUCCUACGUGGGUCAGGAGUUCAUGAGGGUGGGUUAUUAUGUGAACAACGAUUACGACGAGGAGCAGCUGAGAGAAGAGCCCCCAGCAAAGCUAUUGCUUGACAGGGUGCAGAGAAACAUUUUGGCCGACAAGCCCCGUGUCACCAAGUUCCCCAUCAACUUCCACCCUGAACCUGGCACGAGCGCAGAACAGCCGCAGCAGGAUGCAGAACAGCAGCAGCAACCGACUUCACCGGAACCACAGACGGCUCCGGUAGAGCCACAGAUGGCGCCACUAGAGAACGUCACGUGUGAUGAGAUUAAGCCUAUUGCCGCUGGCCAAUGAUCAGAGUUGGGGUGCUAACGGUCUGUUCUCCAUGCCUUUUAUGGUGUCUUAAUGUUAUGAAUCGAGAGUGGUGGUUCUGCAUUGUACUGGUCUGUUAUUUACGUUUCACAAUCUGUUCUGUGGCAAAUGUUGGGUGUCUAGCUAUUUUUCAUGAUAAAGAGUACUUCUGCCUACUUUGUUGCACAUAUUUGAUUGUUACUGAGACUGGAAUGCUUCA